AGGAAGAAGCGUUGCUGUAAUUCGCCGCUGCAGCACCGAUUUUUAAAAACGGUUGUAACAUUUAAUUUUAUACCUGGUUGGUUUUCGGAUAGCAGCCUUCUCAGCUCGCCAUGGCUCUGUGCGGGGGUGUCGGAGCCAUGGCUUUACCUAGCGAGCUUAUCGUCCACAUAUUCUCCUUUCUGUCCGACCGAGACAAGCUCCGGGCCUCGGCCGUGUGUUCACGAUGGAGGGAGUGUCUCUUCUACCCCGCGCUGUGGACCGAGCUCAAACUGCGGAUAGGUGGCGGUUGUAACGGCGGAGGCUCCAGCUCGGAGGAGACCCCGAAGCUGGAGUUUCUCAUGCGUAAGUUUGGCUCCUUCGUGAGGGAGCUGCAACUGGAACUUGCACCGGUGGAAGGCUACCUCAGCCCGCUGAACAACGAGCCGUCGUCCACCAGGAUGGACCAGACCGAAAACGACCCGCAGCUCUCCGAGCGAUGGAGAGACGCCAUGGCCACCUACUUGGACCAGGUGUUGUGUGUGUUCUCCAGCAUCCGCAACAACAGAAACCUGCGGAAGUUAAGUCUGUAUGGAGACACCUGUAUUCUGCAGCAGGAGGGACUGUUGGACAGCUCCAACCUGCACCAAAUUCACCAGGGGGACAAAAAGAUCAAUGAAAUCCAGCAGUUGUUUAUGGAGAUGUUGUCUAACAGCAGGCAGCUGAGGUGGUUGUCCUGUAGCUUCAUGCUGGGCCUGGUGACUCCCUGCUCCUUAGCCUGCCUGUCAAAUCCUUCAGCUGAGACCCUGCAGCACCUUAGUUUACUGGACCACCAGUUGGGUCCCCUCAUUUCACCAUCCGAGCUGGAUCGUCUAUCUAAUCUUCAUUCUCUGGCUCUGGAUUUUUCUGAUCUGACAUCUGAGCUUUGUGGUUUGCUUGCAUCUCCACGCCGAACUCCACUGCAUCGCCUCUCCCUGCUGCUUAAUGGCGCUGCCCUGGAGUUCAAACCACUUGAAGGGACCGCUACAGAGGAAGAUUGGAAGGCACUGAUUCGUGUGAGUGCCAACCUGCGAGUGUACAUCAUGGCCCUGGAGGUGGACAGCUCCGAGCUCCUCCGGGUCCUAAAGCCUAGCCUUCCUCUGGAGCGCCUCCACCUCGACAGUUACAGCACACUGGUGACCGACGCCACGUUGGAGCUCAUCUCUCAGCAGUACAACAAAACGCUGACUCACUUCCUGCUCCUGAGGGAUGACCCCGACUUCCCUGACCUCAGCAUCAAUCGAAACGAAGACCCGUUGGUCCUCAUGGCAUGGAGGUGUACUCAGCUAGCUGUACUGGUGAUACAUGGUUACACUGUAUGGUCCCAUAACUUGGUGGCCAUCUCUCGGCUGCGAGGCUCCAGCCUCCGCAUCCUGACCGUCUCUGAGGAGAGCAUCGACUUCGAUCCGGACCAAUCUGUGUGCAUGGAGGGCGACCCGGUCCAUAACCUGGUCAAAGAAGUUUCUCUGGGCCUCAGCCGCGUCUGGCACCCUUGCCUAGAUUCCAGCCUGGUUUUGUCUGAACCUACCCAGCACUUCCACCGCGAGCUGCACGCCUUCAGCUUGGGCAUGUAGGCAGGGACGGCAAGUCCAACACAUCACAGCCUAACCUGCGUCAAGACCAGGCCAGACUGAUCAAGUCCAAGUCAACUCAGACCUCUAAACCAGGCCACAAGCAGACCUGAGGGGGAAAUCUAAACUGGAUUUUGAAACAAUCUCUGAAAUACAUUUAUGUGAAAUGAUGUGAGCUGAUUGGUUUUAUUUUACAUAAUAUUAUUAUUAUUAUUACAGUAGUAAUAAUAAUAUAGUACAUUUUGUUUCUUCACAAGGGUUUUAGCAUACAAUCAAGACCUACCAUUUUCCAAAUCAUUCCCGGUUUUCUUUCUCUUUAUUAUCCAGCGACUUGGAAAACCAGAUUAAAUAUUUGAUGUUUUAAAUACAUUUUCCAAUGAAUAUCCCCUUUAAAACAGGAUAUUCUAAAUAAAAGUUGUUAUUCAUCACACCAAUCUGUGGUCUCUGACCAUAGACAAGGUAUAAGUUAUGACCAUUUUUAAUUUUUCUGCUAAAAUGGCUCACUCUGAAGCUUCAAACACCCUCUCAUCCGACGUGGCCCUGUCUGGUCUGGUCUUGAUGGACCAGUGUUUGGAGCUUGUUGUCUCUUCUUCUCCUUAAUAACCUCCAGAGCCUCUGUAUGAUGUAACUUUGAUUUGUUUUUCCUUUUUUUCUUCUUUUUAUUUGACUGUUUGUCAUCCCUCCCUGCUCUGUGUAUUAUCUUGUUUUUCCUGUGUGGUGGUUCCCUUGCCUGUAUAGGCUUUGUGUGUAUUUAAAUACUCAUAUAUUAUUAUCCUGCUCACAGCUAGAACAGGACAGGCAGGCGGGUUGAGUGAUGGACCAGUGGGAUUUUGGGGAGUAAUGCAUUAGUUUAGUGAACACAUUUUAUUUUAUUUUUAUUUUUCGUUAAACCUUUGCUCUGUGUCGGUCUGUCUUUCUGCUCCAUUCUAGCAAACGUUGGAGUUUGUAAAGUAACCAAUCAGUCACUUCCGGGGUAACACAAACAUAGCUGCUGCUUCUGUUGCUCUGAAAGAGCACCGUGUGCACUUGUCCACUAGUUUGAGAGCGUUGACAGCAGGGUGGGAAUCUCCACUGUAAUGUGGCUGACUGUGGCAGCUGCUGGUUUCAGCAACAACCACGUCAGUGUUAUGACUGAUUGAUGGUCAUGUAAACGGGUUUAUAGAGCACCUUACUGAUGGUGUUAUGGAGAAUAUUGUUACAUGUUUGCAGCCAACACACUUCCCACCCUGCUCACUCGUCGACUUUUAGGGAAACCUCGCUAGUCGAUUGAAUAGGGAGCCUCGUCUUCCGACUGACAUUCAGAGUCGAACUUUGAAAUUGAGCCCGUCACAGUACAACACCCCAGCGCUCUGUUUUAUUUUGAUUUCUUGUAAGCUGUUAGUAAAUCUUUGCAUCUCGCUUCUAUAUCCAGGUUGAUUUUAGCUGCCUUUGCUCUCCUUCAGGAAUCAUGGAUUUCUGACUGGUAUCACUGGUUCCAGAGCCCUUUUCUAUUAAAAUGUCAAGUUAAAGAAACGGAUCAUAACAUAAGGGUCUCUGAGAUUUAAAAACCCUCAGAUAGUCCUUAAUUAUUCUAAAGAGGACGUAGGCUUUGAUUCCAUAAUGCCAUAUAUAUGGAAAUCUAAAUUCUUGUUGCAGCCACACAGAGAAAACCAGUUUUCUGUGGGCACAGCUUUCCAAGGUGGCAAACCUAGGUUUUGCAGUCAUGCCAGCAUAUUUGUAGGCCGGAACUAGUUUUCUCUACAGUGGAGUUCCUGUUUCGGAGUAUAAACAUUUCAUGAUAACGAACAGGGAAGAGAAAAGAAUGCAAUGAAUGUAACUUAACUUUCAUUCUGUCAGCCAGUCAGGUUUUUAUGUAAUAUCGAAGGCCUACUGUAUAACUCUGUUUGCCUCAGAGGUUUGGCAGAUGCAUAUCUUGCCACAGCAGCUGCUGAGUAAAUGGAUUUGGACAUUGUAGGUUUCACUUGAAGCCAACAGCGGUUGUUUUUGGGUGGUUUAUUCCGAGAAGUGGCACCUACAGCACAACAAGGCUUUGGGCGUAUUUCUGUGACGAAAAUUUUCUGUCAGUCUCAGGUAGGCUUUUAACAUCACUUUGAUCAGGACAGCGGCGGUGAUGAUGUCGAGUCCAGUGUGUGAAACAAUCAGUGUGAGAUAUAUGUUAUUUUUUUAAUUUCCUUUUGAGUCACAGUUGCCUUGGAAACAGCCCCUUGUUUUCUGGAUACAGUUGUUGUUGUUGUUGUUGUUGUUUAUGAUGUUGUUUAUCUUGCCAUCUGAUAAACCCUCGUUCCACCUCGGUUUUGGGGGGGGAUCAGUUAACCUAAUCAUACAUUUGUUUUCAAAGAUUAAGGUUGAUAAAGACUGAAGAAUGGCAAAAACCAGUUUGCUCAUUGCACAUGUUUUAUAUCUGCAGUCGAUGUUGUGGGGGACGGAGAGCAGCUGUGGAGGGAAGGGGAUCCAUGCUGCCAAUAAGCGGACCUGCUGGGCCCAAUUAACGUCUGAACUGAAUGUAGUUGAUUUUCUGGGGUGAGAUCAUUUCUGCCUGGAACAUUGGAUCUCUUGGGUGUGCAACUGUUUUCUCAGGCUGUCAUUAAUGCCUGCAAAGGCGACUUGAAUCAUAGUCGUUUUUAGUGUCGGAUUCUAGCUUUUGACAAUUACGACUACAGGUGAGUGGCGUUGCCUUUGCCCUAAUAACUGAAUUUAAUGUUCUCUCACUCUGUCGAAGUACAAGCGUGCCAUGAUUAGGGCCCCAGCCGGGCAUUGCCGACUAAAUAUCUUGCAAGUACGAAGAGAUAACUAGGCCGAGUAUGGUUACAUCUGACCUCCAGUGUUGUGACUGCUUAAUGAUGAUCACAGCUUUGGCACAGUGUUUUCUUGUUAAGGCGUUUCUUGAGCUGAGUUGGGAUUUUUACCAGAAAAGUCAGUUAAGUACGCCCGUGGAGCCCCAUACUUUGAUAAGUAAAUGCUGUCAACUUGUCAUUGUUGGGAAAGUUACCCUCACUUGUUUUGCACACCACGGCGCUUUAGAGGUCGGGGCAAUGGCAUUGCAGACUGUGAAGGACCAUAUCUGUAGUUUCCGAGGUUGACCUGUUUUUUUUUUUGUUUUGUUUUUUUUGUUUGUUUUUUUUCUACGGACUGAUAUGGAUCCUGAGUUAUAAAGUGCCCCAGCAGCACUUUGCUUGGUUCAGAAAUGAAUUGGUCCCAGUGGCGGGCCAGUGGUUACCAAAUGUUUGCUCAUCUGUUUCGGGACCUUGAUGGUAUAGCCAUGAUAAUCUCUCUAGCCCUUGGUCCAUAUCUCAGGAUAAAUGCACUCUGGUACCAAGAGUUCCUUUUAAAGGCUGUAAGUGGCUGUAAAUGGAGCUGCACACUCAAACACUCAGAGAGGAAAGCAAUGCCAACAUUACACAUACAGACCAAAAUAUGUUGGUUUUUAUCUCAUAUUCUUCUUCCUCAACUCUAAUAUUUCCUCUUCAUCUUGUUUUAGAGCUCAGCUUUGCUCCUUAAUGUGAGAUAUAAGCUGUUUAUGUUGUGUGUAGGCAUCACCUUAUAAGGAGGGGUAAUGACAGCAAUUUACAGUAGAUACAAUUUCCAACCAGAUAGUCAUCUGAGCUGAGCACAUAGAUUUUUACAAACAACUAAUUUUAAAAAGACAUUUUUACAAACGCCACCCUCACUUACCUUGUGUGCUUUCUCUUCUGGUUCCUGUCUCAGUCCCCGCUUGUUAUUGGCUCCAAACUAGUAGUCGGAUCGCUCUGUUUGGGCAGUUCAACCCAGAAUAAAAGGAGGGGCUGUGGGGUUUUUUUUUUUUGUUCUAAACUUAAUUCAGCUCAAGCAGAAUUUUCAUUUAACUUAAAUAUUUCCAUUUGGAUGACUUACUAAAAGUACCAUUCUAAUAAUUAAUUCAACUCAUCCGUUUUUUUUCUUUUAAAUGAGUCUGUAUCUUUGUAUCAUUCUGUGUUCCCUCUCUAAAUUCAGAUUUUUUUUUGAGGGUCCAUGAACAUAGCACAGGUGGAGCUCUCCAUGAGUUAUUUUUUUCUUCAGCAGCAGUUUGUGACUCCUGGGUGGAUAAUUGAUCUGUCGAUCUGUUCACAUUGCUCAGAUCGAUGGAUAAGAGGAGCAGCUGUUGCGAGUGAAUGCAAACUUUCAGACCUGGCAGAAUGAACAGUUAAGUUUGACUUUCAGUGCUUUCUACUGCUCCAUCUGUGCCCAGAGUAUCGUUCUCAGAGAGAAUGGUGAACGAAUACGCAAAUAGUGUAUUUCAGCAGCGCUUCUGAGGGACGAUCCAGCUAUAUCUAUUUGUGGGGGCACAUGUUUUAAUCAUGGCGGGCUGCCACAAAUAAGUGAAUGUGAGGGAAUCCCUACCAUACACAAAAAAAGUUAAAUUCUUCAUCAAAAGUUAAUGUUUUGACCAUUUUUGAUUAUAGCAUUAUUUUUCAGUUAUAACAGCAGAGAGAAAGGUGGAAGGUGAUGCAGAAAGUUCCUGCAAAACAGUGUCUUCUUUAUUAUUGCUUCUCGUAAUUUUUGUUUCUUCACUAAACCACACUUAAAUUUUAGUAAUGAUGGCCCAGAGAGAGCUUUUCAUGAGGAGAGAGGAGGUGAGACAAGUUCUGCCAGUGAGGCAAUGCUGAUAGGCUCAUAACUUUACACUCCCAUAGAGUUUGGCAACAUAGACAACAAACAUUUUCACAGUAUGGCACAGCAUUUUGAAAUCAGCGGAAAAAUGACUCAUCCCUAAUCCUGUUGUGUGACAUCACUUAUAGCUAAAUAUUGAGCCAUCUUGUGCCUGGAAGCUUCCAGAGUCUCACUGCUUUUCAACCCCGCUGCCCCCAAGCUUUGUGUUGUUUUAAUUGUUGCUGUGAUUGUUAGUUCACUCUUUAGUGAAGCAGCAUGAGAUGCUAGCUUGGGUUUUAGAACAUGUUUCAGCAGUAUGCGCAUUUUUAAUAUCUCUUGAAGGGUUUCUGUUUUUCCAAGUUUUCAUUUCCACUUCAAAAGUGAACCCAGUAGAAAUAUGUGUAUACGACUGCGUGUGUGAACGCAGCAGUGCAGCCGUCAUAUGUUUACUGCAUGCAUGUGUGUGUGUGUAUUUAAUGAGAGGCUUGCUCACAUUCAGCAGUGUAGUCUUAUCACCUCUACUGCAGCAGGAAACAGCACCAGAAAUCCGUUCUCAGGGUACAAUCAGUUUUCAAGAAGAGGAGGAGGAGAGAAAGUUACAAUAGCUCAGGCCUCUAGCUUCACAUGAAUAGUAGGAGUCACUGGAUCUGUUCUCCUCCCUUGAUGAUGUGUUUUUAAGCUGCCAAAGACCACAGUGGAACAAACUUAAACCCAGACACACAUCUAUCUUAAGUGCCCAUGUACACAUACACUGGCAGGAGGCUGGUCCAGUAUUCAUUCCUUCUCAGCACCUCCUUCUAUUCUGACAUUUUGUUCUUUUUUUCAGUGGUUCCACUCCACUUUUGGUUUCUUCCACUCAAUUCUGACCACUCUGUUGAUACACUAUGGGCCGUACUGUGCUGGACCAGGUUUCAACAGUCUGGUUGGUGUGAAAAGAGACCAAAGCAGACCUGUGUGUGUAAACAAAAAUUUGGCCAAUGUGAUGUUAGUGGCUGCACCCUAUGUUCCAAAAUGUAGGAUUUCACACUAGUGGCAUAAACUGUGUGUUAUGGGAGGUGUGGUUGGACAUUUAUAAGGGCGAGCAGCGUUGUCGCACAGCUUGUACAAUGUGGCCAAAUUCUUAUCUGUGAACAGCACUCAGGGUCCACACUGCAUGUUGCUGAGGCGUCGCAGAGCAAAGCCUUUCUAGUCCAGCGCAGUACACUUUUAAAGUGUGACUGAAGCACCAUAUUCUUCCCUCUCUCUCUUUGUUUCCAUCACCUGUUUCACUGUGAGGAGUGAGUGAAUGUAAUCUAAAGGCGAGGAGGACGAGCAGUGUGGUUUAAUCUCAGAACACGUCCGGGGCUAAACACUCCCUCUCAUGCUUCCUGAAGCUACUUUCUGACAGAUUGCAGCUUCCCAGCUGGGUCACAGGUCAGCGUGCCUGAUCUGAUAUGAUUCAUGGCGAGCCUGUGGCCAAGGUCAGAUUUGAUGGGAAGUUUUUAGUCCCUGGCUUUUGGAGCUGUAAAGUGAUUUGCUGCUAGAGAUCUGCUAGGAGCAGGACAUUCCACACAAGGAGGGGUCGCUCAGGCCAUCUGACUUGCAAACAGUUUACUACAUGGCUUAAGUUUCUGCAUGACAAUUAGACUCUGUGUUUUUUUGUUUUUUUUUUGCUUUGAAAGAGUUCUGUUAUUGAAAGGAAGCUAGUAAAGACACCAGAUUAGCGGCUGGUCUGAGCAGAGUGGAGGUGUGAUACCAUUUAGAUGUGGUUUUUUAAAGUGUCUCGACCCCUCAAAGGUCGACUUUCUAACGUGUGUUUCCCACAGUGCCAAGCUUUGCUUUCACAUGAUGCAUCCUGAGGCCAUUAUGGGGCCUUAACUGUCCGGCACACAAAAGGUCGCAAGUGUGAAAGCAGCUUACACUGACUGUGUGCUAAAUAUCAGGAAGAGCUUUCCAUGAAAUGAGUUGAUUUCACCCAUUUGAUCAGGUUAAAGAACACAACACAGUAAAGGAAGUUAAUCUGCGUAUUUAAGCACACACAUGAUGCACACAGGCCAUAUUCACUACACACACACAAUGAGUCUGGGCUGGGCCUAUUUAUACACCAUAUGCAGACAGAUGUUUGUGUAUGAGCAUACUGUGUACACAGAAAGACUGAUUGACACACAGCCAGCAGAGCCUUUUUUUAAUGAGUUCUGCCAUUAAAACAAUAGGGCUGAGGGCUCUCGAGGGGAGAUAAGGUGUCAGUUUUUCAGGAGACCAUUACCAGCAGUUACUGUUCAUCGAUGUGGUCGCAGCCAGUUCAGUCUGCCCUUUUGAUCUCUUUAUGUUUUGUUUUAGUUUAUUUUUUUAUUUCUGUGCUCUUUAUAUGCAUUCAUAGAGAAACCCUAGAAGAUAUCAAGGCCCCUGUGGCCUGAUGGGUAAUUGAAUCCACAGAGCUGGCCUCUAAUGUAAUCAAUCUGAUACAGUCGGCCCUUGACAGCUUAUUAAAACUGUUGUGAUCGCAAAACAGGGGUCGUCUGUCCUACCAGGCCCAUAAACCAAGAGACGACACUUCUCUGCUAAUACUUAAUAGCCAAUACUAACACACCACUGACACAGACAGAUGUGCGAGCGUGUUUUAUUGCAGUACCAAAGCAGCAGACUGUGUUAGAUCUGCAUCAGUGUAAACACACAGGACCAGUUUCACUUCCACUCUGAUCGUCGCUCAGACUCAAAGCCAACUUGAGAGUUUGUGGUGUCGACUCUCGGGAUGUGUGCAAUGUUUUGGAAAGUAAAAAAUAGCUGCAGAAAAGAGGUAGUAAGAUGGGCCUAAAAAGCUUCCCCUGACCUCUUUUCUGGAAGGAUCACUGUUAAGAGACGGGCUUUCCUCUUCACAAUGUGAGAUUUCAGAUGCUUCCUAGUGUUUGUUUGAUAUUUUUACCGAAAUGCUAAGACCAUAGACUACUAGCAGUACAUGCAAGACCUUGAAUAGGCUCACACCGGGCUGGACUCAUGCAGGAAUGUGAAGAAUCUCAUUAACACCCUGGUAUAUGUUUCUGUUACUUGGAGAAAAACACUGGAUGUGCAUUGCACUGGUAUCAAAUCAGUCCUGUGUAACAGAUAUGGAUAGGUGUGUGUAUAAAGCUUGAUAUAAUCUCAGUGAAGGUUCAAACAGGGCAAGGCCAUUAGCAGAAACUGAGAGCCUCAGAGGAAGUUUGGAUUCUCCAGUUUUCAAUUUCAUCCACAAAACUGAUUUUCCAGACAGCUGAUGAUGAUGAUCUCAGAAUACUGGUGAUGUUAAGGGUCUCGUCAUAUACUCGCCACAUUAUAUUUCUAGAGAAGAAACAACAAAAUGGCACUGAUAACCUGGCCAAACUCUGUCAGUAGCUGUGGUGCACACCCUGGAGGUUGGUGCAGCGCUGUGCUAUAUGAGUGAACUGAUAGAUAUUCAUGCUCAGUGUCAGCCAACUAUCUUCAUUUAGAUCUCAGCUACUGUGGCUCCGAUGUUUCUGGCUGCUAAACAAAGUCUUUCUUGUCAAGUCUGGAGAGCCAAACCUCCUAAUUAGCCAGGCAGGCAGGCCUGCUGCCCAGUCCAGCCUCACAACUAUGCAAGAGGAAUGCAUAUAAUCCACUCUUUUUUUUCAUUUAUUUUCAUUUAUUUUGUUCUUUUUCUAACUGUCACGCAGUAGAAAUGAAAACGUAAACUAAUAAGAACUUGCAAUGACAAUACUUGGCCUUAUGAUGAUUUAUGAAAUCUUAUCAUUUUUAGUUUUAAGAUCUUUUGAUUCUGGUCAGCCAGCCCAGCGACAGCAGCGGUGACGGCGGGCUCACUCUUGGUCUCUGUGAGACUGGCUAGAUGGCCCCAGUUUUAUCGUGGUACGAAUGUUGUGCAUUUGUUUAAAAUCAGGACAGUUUGCAAUAACAGCAGUCUUACUAGUGGCCACAAAGGGGCACAAGCAGUGCUGACAGCGCCCGGCUGCGUCUUUAGAAAACCAUAGAGGAAGAAAUAUAAACUAUAUAAAUAGAUAUAUAAACUCACACAGUGCAUAUUUGUAUAGGUAUCAACAAUGAAUUAUCGUGGUAUACUCUUAUGCAACACAUGUCCGGGUUCAAUUUAUGAACAUUUAUGAAGUAUAUUAUUGAAAAAAUCACACAGACUUUGUAAAUCAGAUGCUAUGUUGUUGUGUGUUUAUUUUUUUUUUCUUUGCGAAAAUGGUUUUACCAUCCUUAAUGUUGAAUAUUCUGAGCGUUAUGUUCCUGUGUGAUUGUGUUUGUUAAAGUGAGCACAUAGCAGUGGGUUUUAACGUCUUUCUGUAUGCAGGGAACCAGACGAAAGCCAAGAAAAACGGCUGGAGCAGAUUUCAAAUUACAUACCGCAUAUAAAAACGUUUCAUUCAUUUCUUGUGAAAUGAUACAUGCACAGUUUUACAAACAGUUACGUGAGCAGCAGCGUGGAUUAAGACUUCUAACCAGCAAAGUUCCACUCCAAAAACGUCCCUUUGUCCAUAUUUGUCCAUACAUGAGACUAUUGUAGCUGAGAACUCGGCUUAAUCUACAUCUGUGAGUAAAUUUAAAACUGAAACAAUAUAAAGCCGAUUUGAAACCUGCCCAGCUGUUUUUUUUUGUUCUUGUCUGCAGGGAAAGAAUCCUCUCCAGCUGAGAGGGCAGAUUUUUAUCAGAGACAACAGUGUUGAUCCAUGUUUUGGAGAAAAGGGAGGCUACGUUACAAACCUCCAUGUAAAACCUCUUAACUGACAGACGACCUACACUUGAGGGGUCAACCUGCCGAAUGUUGAUUUGAAUUAAUGUUGAAUGAAUGCUUCUCUUCUUUUAGUCAGUGAAUAAAAGCAUUAAAAAGUU